UGAGCCCAAUGAUGAACGAUCCGGUCAAUUAUGUCCGUCAAGGAGCACUGCUGGCUUCGGCACUUGUCCUCGUCCAGCACACCGAAUUCACCUCGUCAAAGGUCAAAGACAUCCGACAACUCUACGCCAAAGUCAUUGGCGACAAGCACGAAGAUGUCAUGGCCAAGUUUGGUGCCAUUCUGGCCCAAGGCAUUAUUGAUUCUGGCGGACGCAAUGUCACCAUCUCACUCCAGUCGCGGACUGGCCACACCAACAUGAGUGCUGUAGUUGGACUGAUGAUUUUCACCCAAUACUGGUACUGGUUCCCCUCCAGUCUGUGCCUGUCCCUUGCAUUCGCCCCCACCGCCAUCAUCGGCCUUAACUCUGAUCUGAAGAUGCCCAAAGUGGAAUACCGCUCGAAUGCCAAGCCAUCCGUCUACGCCCCACCUCCUUUGCUCGAAGAGAAGAAACGGGAAGAAAAGGAGCGAGUCACAGCGGCCGUCUUGUCGAUCACGGCCAGAGCUAAGCGUCGUGAAGCGGCUCACUCCAAGAGUACUCAGGCAGCCAGCACUGUUGCAACUCCAUCCAUGGAAGUCUGCGAGCAGUUUGGUUCAGCAAAGAAGAGCCGACGACAAAAAGAUGAAAGAGGAAAAAGACGAAAGAGAAGAGCUCAAAUUUGAAAU